ACACCGCGAGCGGUGCGUGGACUUGCGGUCUGAAAUCCGGUGUCUGCACGGAUUGUGGUGCCCGUGGGACCCAGGAUACCAUGAAGGAAACGCCGCUCUCCAACUGCGAGCGCCGCUUCCUUCUCCGCGCCAUCGAGGAGAAGAAGCGGCUGGACGGCAGGCAGACCUACGAUUAUAGAAACAUCAGGAUCUCUUUUGGAACAGAUUAUGGGUGUUGCGUUGUGGAACUUGGGAAGACAAGAGUUCUCGGACAGGUUUCCUGUGAACUCGUUUCUCCAAAGCUCAAUAGAGCAACAGAAGGGAUUCUUUAUUUGAACCUUGAGCUCUCCCAGAUGGCUGCUCCAGCUUUUGAACCUGGCAGGCAGUCUGAUCUCUUGGUGAAAUUGAAUCGACUCUUGGAAAGAUGUCUAAGAAAUUCAAAAUGUAUAGACACUGAAUCACUCUGUGUCGUUGCUGGUGAAAAGGUUUGGCAGAUCCGUGUUGACCUGCAUUUGUUAAACCAUGAUGGAAAUAUUAUUGAUGCUGCCAGCAUUGCUGCAAUUGUGGCCUUAUGUCACUUCCGAAGACCUGAUGUCUCAGUCCAAGGAGAUGAAGUGACACUGUAUACGCCAGAGGAGCGUGAUCCUGUGCCACUGAGCAUCCACCACAUGCCCAUUUGUGUCAGCUUUGCUUUCUUCCAGCAAGGGAUGUAUUUGUUGGUGGAUCCCAGUGAACGAGAAGAGCGAGUAAUGGAUGGCUUGCUGGUGAUUGCCAUGAACAAGCAUCGAGAGAUUUGUACCAUUCAGUCCAGUGGUGGGAUAAUGCUGCUCAAAGAUCAAGUUUUGAGAUGCAGCAAAAUAGCUGGGGUAAAAGUAGCAGAAAUUACAGAACUAAUACAAAAAGCUUUGGAGAAUGAUCAGAAAGUUAGGAAAGAAGGUGGAAAGUUUGGCUUUGCAGAGUCUAUAGCAGAUCAGAGGAUCACAGCGUUUACGAUGGAAAAGGCCUCUGUGGAUACUUCCGACGUUGAGGAGAAAGCAGAAGAAAUCAUUGCUGAAGCUGAGCCUCCUUCAGAAGUUAUUUCUAAACCUGUCCUAUGGACUCCUGGAACUGCCCAAAUUGGAGAGGGAAUAGAAAAUGCUUGGGGUGAGCCUGAAGACUCUGAGAAGGACGAUGAGGAUGAAGGUGGCAGUGAUGAAGCUGUCAUUCUUGACAGUGUGAAAAUGGACACUGGAAUAGAAAUUUCUGAUUCUGGAAGCCAAGAACUGAAUUUUAAGACAGCUGGGACACAAACCAGCAUUCUAAUACAGUAUGUCACAAGUGAUGCCCCUAUAGUGCUCUCAGACAGUGAAGAAGAAGAACUGAUCAUCUUAGAACCAGAACCACACAAAAAUCCAAAGAAAAUAAGAACACAAACCCCCAGUGGGAAACAAGAAAAAGCACCAGGCAAAAGGCCAAUGAAAAAGAGAAAGAAGAAGAGAACUGCUAAUUAAAGCCAUCCUAGUUGAGUAUUUGUAUAUAACUAUUAAAAGGCUAUUUAUUCAGUA